UAUUUCCAAGCUUGGCUUAAACCAGAGACUCGUUUAAAUAUGAAUGUUUACAUUUUCAAUGUUACCAAUGCUGACCAAUUUGUGGAAGAUUGUACCGAUUUCAACUUGACCGAAAAAGGUCCUUUUUCGUACAAAAUGUUUAGUGGUCGCAAAAUACUUCGCAGUCCUGAGGAUGAAGAAAAUGCAACGCUGACUUAUUAUGAUUUUAAAAAUUUUCAACUCAAUGUGAAUGGAACUCAUGGCAAUUUAAACGAUCCAUUUGUCACAAUUGAUGUACCGACAUUGGUUUUAAAUCAAUACUUGAAAGAUAAUAUUAAUGAUACUUGGAUUGAUGCUUUGGUUAAAUUUAUAUUAACACUUAAUGGGCAAUCUUUGUUUCAAAAAAUUUCAGCCGAUGAGCUAUUAUUCAAAGGUAAACGAAUCUCUAUCCUGGACACAUUGAAAUCAGGUUGGGAACUUUUGCAUCCAAAUCAACCAUUUCCUAACGUUGGUUUGAAGGACAAUACAUUUUCUUUGUUUAAAUCUCACAAUGUCACAUACUUUGGUCCAUUUGAAAUUUACGCAAAUGGAGCCAAAAUGGGACACUUCAAAUCUUGGCAUGGUCUAUUAUCGCUGGACAGAUGGUUUGGAGAGGAAUGCAAUAAGAUCCGUGGAACUGAUGGCACCUUUUUUCCUCCCUUUGUUGAUAAAACUCGCAAAUUAUACGUUUUUGUGCCCAAUUUCUGCAGAUCAAUAUAUUUCAUCUUUGAGAAAGAGGUUUUUCUCAAAGGAAUCAAGCUUUACCGUUUUAUUUUGGAUCCUGAUAUUUUUGUCUCCAAAUUGAAGAAACCAUCAAAUAAAUGUUUUUGUUCACCACGGAAUAAUUCAACUUGCUCAAUUGAUGGUGUAACUGAUCUUAAUCCAUGCUUACGUGCUCCAAUUUGGUUAUCUCUGCCUCAUUUUUUAAAUGCUAAACCAGAUAUUAGGAUCAAAACUGCAGGGUUAUCGCCCAAUUCAAGUAAACAUGCCACAUUCCUAGAUAUUGAACCUACUUUAGGUCUUCCUCUUCGAGCACGGAUAAGAUUUCAAGCCAACGUAGAAAUUAAAAAACAAAAAUUUUACACUGGUGAUGAUAUAAAAUGUGAUAAAAUUUUACCUUUGAUAUGGUUUGAAUAUUCUGGAGAAAUCAGUACAAGAGAUGCUGCAGUUUUGCGGGAAAAUGUUGUUAAGGUUAUCGACCAUGCGACUCUUUACAAGCCAAUUUAUUUGAUCUCUGGCUUCAUGUUUGCUAUCGUCGCAGUUGCACUUGGAUAUUUCAAGUACCAUCAGAUUUGUCCUACUAACUGCAGCGCCCGAUUCAGGAAAUUCAUCAGCAGAUUCCGAGGUAAAAUUGACAAGCCAAUUUUCAAAAAAUCUAAGGAAUCUAACCAGAUUUUAUGAGCAAUGUAAGCAAUCUCUGUUGAAAUACACCAGAAGAACUUGAUCCUGUCGUUCAAAAAUGUAAAUAUUGUUGAAAAGUUUGAACAUCACGUAAAAAUUCCUUGUUAUAACACCAACAUGUAAAAAUAGCCACCAGAAACUUAUUCUUCCUAUGUUGUAAGUAAAGACUUGAGUGAACUUGAAAAGAUUUGCAAGAGCUGGAACGCACUGGAAACCUGUCUGUUGUAAAAAAACAAAUGUUGAAGGUUGAAUUUGUACAUUUAACAUUCUUUCAUUAAUGAGAGAAUUAUAAAUCCCCAUAAAAAUUAAAUCGUUAAAUUAAGAAUA